GGACGUUACACAAGCUGUUUCGUAAAAUCUGAAGUUCUUUAAGGAUUUGUAUUGAUAAGGAUCUCAAAGCGAUACCUAUUUUAUGAUUUAAAGAAAAAGUUUUUCAUCUCUGCAGGGAAGUCAGCUCAUUUACAUCUCUACGCACGAAACGCGCAGGUUGCAGUGAUGUGGGUUUCUGGUGUUUUGCUGUUCCUGGUUGGACUCUGGUAUAAGUCCCAUGCCCAGAGCUCUGAGCCCAUGUUCCAGGUUGUAACACAGACAAUGCUCCCUCCAGACAGUCUGCACAAUCCCACACAACUAAAUUAUGGAAUGGCUGUAACAGACGUGGAUGGGGACGGUGACCUUGAAGUGAUUGUGGCAGGGUACAAUGGGCCAAACCUGGUGCUGAAGUACAACCACACUCAGAAAAGGCUGGUGAACAUUGCUAUUGAUGACAGCAGCUCUCCAUACUUUGCCCUGAGGGAUCGAGCAGGAAAUGCUAUUGGAGUUACUGCUUGUGAUGUGGAUGGAGAUGGACGUGAGGAGAUCUACUUCCUCAACACAAACAAUGCCUACUCUGGAAGGGCAACGUAUUCAGACAAACUGUUUAAAUUCCGUAAUGGCCGCUUUGAAGAUCUUCUGGGGGAUGAGCUUAACGUGCGUCGUGGUGUUGCCAAUGGGAUGGCAGGCCGUUCUGUUGCAUGUGUUGACAGAAAGGGAACAGGCCGUUACUCCAUUUACUUGGCCAACUACGCAAGCGGCAACGUCGGCCCCCACGCCCUCCUUGAAAUGGAUGAGGCUGCCAGUGAUGGAACCAAGGGCAUCAUCGCUCUGUCUGACGUGGCUGCCACGGCGGGGGUCAACAAGCUCACCGGGGGGCGCGGUGUGGUCGUCGGACCAAUCCUCAGCCAGUCAAGGUCGGAUGUGUUUUGUGACAACGAAAAUGGACCAAACUUCCUGUUCAAGAAUAACGGAGACGGGACUUUUGUUGACAUGGCAAAACAGUCAGGUGUGGGGGACCGGUACCAGCAUGGCAGAGGAGUAGCACUAGCCGACUUCAAUGGCGAUGGAAAGACAGACAUUGUCUAUGGAAACUGGAACGGCCCGCACAGACUCUUCCUGCAGGACGCCGACUCUAAAUUCAGGAACAUAGCAGCUGGAGGGUUCGCAGCCCCCUCCCCGAUCCGCACAGUCAUCGCUGCUGACUUUGACAACGACAAGGAGCUGGAGGUGUUUUUCAACAAUAUUGCGUAUCGAGGCAGUGCCGCUAACAGGCUCUUCCGGGUGUCAAGGAGAGCAGGUGCAGACCCUUUAAUACAAGAACUCCACGUGGGAGACGCUGCGGAGCCGCAGGGCCGAGGAACAGGUGGCACCGUGACAGAUUUAGACGGGGACGGACAGCUGGACCUGCUGCUGGCACAUGGAGAGAGUUUCCAGCAGCCAAUCUCUAUCUUCAGGGUCACACAGGGCUCGUCUAACAACUGGCUGCGGGUCAUCCCUCGCACCCAGUUCGGCUCCUUUGCCCGGGGAGCCACGGUGACGGCCUUCACCCGUCAGAGCGGAGCGCACACGCGCAUCAUUGACGGAGGGUCGGGGUACCUGUGUCAGAUGGAGCCUGUCGCACACUUUGGUUUAGGAACCGAUCAGGUGACGGUUCUGGGGGUCUCCUGGCCAGACGGCAGCUUCACCACUCGAACCCUUCAGCCUGGUGAAAUGAAUUCAGUGGUGGAGGUGCCCUAUCCCAAAGAAGGGGGGUCUUCUCUGCUUGCUAAUGAAACGCAGUGUGGUGAGGGCUUUACUGUCAAGAAUGGACGCUGUGCAGGGCUGUGAAGAAAAUCACUUUAUAUGCACUCAAAAUGUUCCAUGACAAUGUUACAGAACACAUGGUUUAAAAACGUUGCUUUUGUUUGUACUUUAGGGGCCUUGUGUUGUUUUCUUUACUCUAUGAGUAGUUCUAUUAUUGUUGUUUUUAUCAUUUUUCCCUUAACUGCCUAAUUCUACUGCAGUGUCACGGCAAACUCUAAUAAACUCCUGCAAAUCA